AUGACCAAAAAUUAUUUCCACGAUGUCUUCAGUCCUUUCAACGCGAUUCUUCUCGGAUUAUGCGCCUAUCUUCUGUACAAAAUAAUCAAAAGGAGUAUGCAAGACGAAGAGUACGUUCCUAGCGCUCCCCAACAAAUGCUAACUCCUAUGAAAAAACGAGAUUUCACUCUCGACGAGUUACGGAAAUUCGACGGGAAACAAGAAGAUGGUCGUAUCUUAAUGGCCGUCAAUGGAACUGUGUUUGAUGUCACAAGAGGCAAACGAUUUUACGGAGAAGGAGGUGCUUACAGUGUAUUUGCAGGUAGAGAUGCUUCAAGAGGAUUAGGAACAAUGUGUCUUGAAGAGAAUGCCCUGAAGAAUGAAUAUGAUGACCUCAGUGACCUCUCAGCUGGUGAACUAGACAUCAUAAGAGAUUGGGAGAGCAGUUUCUCAGAAAAGUUGUAUGAUAUAGUCGGAAAGUUGAUAAAGGAUGGAGACGAGCAUGGCACUUACGAUGACGAAGAUGAAAUUGUUGGAGAUGUUGUUCCAGAUUCCAACAAGAAAACUGAUUGA